UCAAUGUCGUGUGAGCACAUCAGUACAAAAAUAUAUUAGGUUUAAAUAUAUUAAAGUGUUAAUAGUAAAGUAGAAAAAAAUUGUUACUGGUUGUACUAUGGGUUCAACUAGUUACAACAGUAAGUCUAAAGGGUACAGAGUAAAAAGUGGAUCCAGUGUUGGCUCAGAUAAGGAGAUGAAUGGAAAGUUGAAGCGCUCCAAAAUUAGACGACCAAAGAUGGAAUACGGGAGCAAAAGGAUACCAGAUUAUACUGAACUGGCUUACAAAGAGGCCGUCUCGAAACUCAGAUAUUUCUUAUCUGGGAGUGCACCGAGUGUACGUAGUUAUGGCGGUUCAGCAUCAAUCAAGAACCUGGAGGAAUCCGACGGGGACUUAGACAAAAAGUAUUCAGUUUACAGCGGCUUAAACGAGUAUAAGCCGCGGCCACGACUCACAACUAAAUAUACCACAUUGUAUGCUGAUAGUUUGAAUAACUAUACACCGAAAGUUACUUCUACUCCACAACCAGUACCGCAAGCUCCGCCUGCCGAUCUCUCCGGCGGCACCAACCCUGAUGUCGUCAACUUCAUACAGAAGCAAGAGGAGUACAUCGAACAACUGGAACGUGAGAGUCAAUAUUGCAGGGAUGAACUGAACAACCUCUUAGGUAAGGUGAAAGAGGUGAUAUCAGAGAACGAGCACUUGCACGAGGCGCAGAAGAACAAGAUCAUAUCGCGCAUGUUCCACUACGAUUCAGAGACGGACGAACUGGACGACGUCGGGGACAGCACCGGGUUGGACAGUGAUAAUAAGGCAACUCCAUCUAAGUCCCGUCGCGCUAAACCACGCACCACAAAGUUGGAAGGACCAAACAUUGUGUUUGAAUCACGGAUCGCGGAAUUAGAAGCCCAACUGACGCAAGCAAAGAUUGAUCUCAAGAAAGUACAGGACGAAAAUAAUGAGAACAAACGGAAGCUGGCCUCUGGUCUCGUCGAUUCCACUUGUCUCGACGGAUUCAAGAGACAGAUUGAUAAUUUGCAAAGAGAUAAAUCAGCGUUGGAAGGUCAGAUCGCCAAGUUGAAAACGAGCAUGGAGCAGAAGGAGAGCGACGGCGAGGGUCGCUACAAGCGGUCCGACGUGGUGGAACACCAGCUCAGAGAGGAGAGGAACAACUUGGAAGCUGAAGUGCGACGGUUGAAGGAUGAUUUAGCUAAAGAGAGAAGCAAGAUACGGGAGUUGGCAGGCGAGGGAGCAAGACGGGCGAUACAGGAGCGCAAUUCAGCAGAACAGCGCUAUAAUGCACAUUUUGAUGAACUCCAACAUGAUCUAGCUGCGCAGUAUGACAAUGUCGCCAAGUUACAGCUGGACUUGGAUCGUCAGCGUCGUGAAGAAAGCGAUCUAAAACGAGAGCUAUCAAUGAAGAACGCGAACAUAGAAGAACUUAAAAUGGAACUUAAAAACAAAACAGCAACACUGCAAGCAGAUUUGGCCCAAGCUCAUGCAGAGAAAGCAUCUCUUGAAGAGGAAUUAGCCAACGCACGUCUAGCUAUAGAGCGUCAGCAGAGACAGGCGAAGCACGAGACCAAUAGACUCAAUUCCGAGAUUCAAUCACUCCGUCAGCGUCUAGACCGCGCUGAUGCUGAUUUGGUACAUUCUCGCCGUGAGAACUUACGUCUCUCUGAACAAAUCUCAACACUGGAAAAGGAGUUAAAUAUGAAAAGUUUGACACCGAUAUCUCCGGAGAAGAAUAAGAAGGAACUAUCGACAAUGCUGGAGUCCAUGGAAAAUAAACAUGCUAAAACCGUGGCUGAGUUGGAGACCAUGAUUCAAUCGCAAAACAGUCUGAUGGAGAAACUCACCGGCGAAUGUCGUUUGCUAACAGACAAGCUCGACGACGCAAAUCGUAGGCACAAGGAAGAACUGGCAACUCUGCAGCGUCAAGUAGAGAUGCUCGGUCGCUCGCUGCGAACGAAUGUCACGCCUGCACCUAGCAAUUAUCAAGCACCUUCCCCGCACACUACCACAACCAACCGGACUGCACCACAUACCACAUCCGAUACCCGACGAAACAAUACCGGAGAUGACUCCACCGGACACACCACGCUCCAACAACAGCCGGCUCAGCAACCGGACAGACUUGUCAGUGAUAACGACCAAACAACAAGAGUGAACGAAGACAGUCAGCAUAUUAUUAAAGAAGAUGCACAAAAUGCACAACCAAACGCACAGGAAGAAAUAAACAUUCAUCAACAAAUAAACCCAGUUAUCAAACAUCAAACAAACGAAGAAAUUGAAAACACAAAUGAACAAAUCGACCAACCUGAAGAAGUACAUGAACAACCAGAAAAUCAGAAUUUCACAGAUGAAAAUUAUGAACAAUACGAUCAGAAUUAUGAACAAACUCAAGCUAAUACAGAAUAUCAUCAAGAAGAGUAUGAAGAAAAACUAAACCAAAACGAACAGAAUUUAGAUCAAACUUAUGUAGAGCCCCAGUAUGAAAAUUACGAACAAUAUCCACAACAGUACGAAACAAAUGCACAGUACGACAACCAGUAUGAAAAUUAUCCAGCAGGGGAUAACUAUCAAGAGGAAAAUUAUGAAGAUCAGCAAUAUGCUCAAGAAUAUCCUACAGAAUAUGAGGAAGUUAAUCCUCAAGAAGCAACAAUAGAUUCAAAUCUUGUACAAGAAGAAGUACCAGAAAAUAUUUCCAAACAACCAGAAUUUACAUCACAAGAACAAGACGAUUCUGAAAGCAAAGGUAGUCCAACUAGAACUGAAGUUAAUAAAAGUUAGCAAUUGAUUUAGUUUGAGUUAAUUUCAUUUG